UUUUUUUUUUUCUUUUCUUUUCCUUUUUUUUUUUUUUUUUUUUUCGUUGUUGUAACAUGAACGACAGUGUGUCUAUACUAGUCGCUGUCUUUCUCAUCUUGAUUGCUUUGCGUUGGAUGCUUGGUGGUAAUCAACAACAACAACAACAACAGCAACAGCAACAGCAACCAAGACGUACCAACAGACGUAUGCAACACCGCGUCACUUCUCAAAUGAUUGAACAAGUACGUGCCAUGUUUCCUGAUAUUCCUACAGCUGCUAUCCAAGCCGAUCUUCAGAGAACAGGAUCUGUAGAAACCACAGUAGAUAAUGCACUUCGUGAUGGCAGUCUCCCCUUACCUCCUCAAGCACAACCCUCCACAAGCCCUAAUAUCAAUACAUCCAACUCAAAUGCUCGUAAAUCGCCCAGUCAUCCUAACUUAGUUCAAAGAUACAAGAUUGAUGUUCAAAAAGAAAACGGAUUAGACCAAGAACCACCUAAGGUAUGGGAAACCAGUCCAGAUAAACGACAAGACAUGUUGAGAAAACGCAAAGAGUUUAUGGUGCUUCAAGCAAGAAAGAAAUUAAUGGAACAACAGAAAAAAGCAUUGGAUGACAUGUCUGAAUCCCACCAGCAGUAACCUGAGUUUAAAAUAAUAAUAAUAAUAAAAAAAAAAAACUUCCCUUUUUUUUCUCUUUU